CUAAUGGAGAACCAUAAAUCGACUGCUGCUUAUAACUAUUUGCCAGAUAAUGAAAUGAGAGGAGAUAGUGAAAAGAUUCCAUACGCUCCAGUUGAUACUUCUAGGGAUGGCUCAACUCCUGAUCAACAUUUUUCUAAUGGUAGCUCAGUGCAGCCUCAGCCAGAAAUGAUACCACCACCAAGCAGCAUAGCCCCAAAUCCAGGCUUUCCUGCUCAGAAUCCUCAAAUAUCAGUUGGACAGCCAAUCCUUGCUGGGCAUCCUGAAUAUGAUAAUCAAUUUAACAAUCAGCCCUAUUACCAAAACUAUCCUCAGCAUCAAAUGAAUAAUGGUGGGCAUCAGCCGAUUGCAGGCCAGAAUGUAGCUGCUCCAAACUCAUAUUACCCACCGCCUCAACAUGGAGUCAACAUAUAUAGGCACAGAAGGAAUAGAGCCAUUGGAGGAUUUGUCUUCGUAAUCUCAGUAGCAAUUAUGGUCACUAUAUUGGUAAUUUUCGUCUGGACAUAAAAAUAUUAAUGUAAG